AGGGUGCAGGGUUUGAAAGAUGGCGGACGACGUGGACCAGCAACAAACUACCAACACCGUAGAAGAGCCCCUGAAUCUCAUCAGGCUCAGCCUGGAUGAGCGAAUUUAUGUGAAAAUGAGAAAUGACUGAGAGCUUUGAGGCAGAUUACAUGCAUAUGAUCAGCAUUUAAAUAUGAUAUUGGGAGAUGUGGAAGAAACUGUGACUACUAUAGAAAUUGAUGAAGAAACAUAUGAAGAGAUAUAUAAAUCAACAAAAUGGAAUAUUCCGAUGCUUUUUGUCCGGGGAGAUGGUGUUGUACUAGUUGCUCCUCCAUUAAGAGUUGGCUGAAACAAAGAAUUUAUCGUGUAUGGAAUAUAGGAGAUUUUGUAUGAUUGCCUCGUUAAAUGUAGAAGACAUCCAAAAGAGA